AUCCAAUCAUUGUCGAUAGAAAUAUCUUAAACAACACCAAUAAUUGACUAUAAGUAUUUAAUGUGGUUAAAUUGCUAAAGAUUCAUUUCAUCUGGUGGAACAACUUUCUUGAGAUAAUAAAGCAAAGGAAUAUACAAUACAAUAACAUUAAUACUAAUGGAUUCUACGAGUUCGAGCUUGAAAUUUACAGAGAAAGUUUGUGCUGCAUUUUUCCCAAUAAUUGCAAUAAUAGAAUGUUUAAUAUAUGCGGCAUCUGGUUGUUUUGGAUCUCAAAAAUUACAUCAUAGUCCAAACAAGUUGCGGUAUGAAUACAGGGAUCUUGCUCGACUUGCUAAUGGAUCUCGAUUUACAGUAAAUGAAGUGGAAGCAUUGUAUGAAAUGUUUAAGCAGUUGAGCAGUUCAAUCAUUGAUGAUGGUUUGAUACAUAAGGAAGAGCUUCAGCUGGCGUUAUUCCAAACUCCACAUGGAGAGAACCUUUUCUUGGACAGGAUUUUUGAUCUUUUCGAUGAAAAGAAAAAUGGAGUGAUUGAGUUUGAGGAAUUAAUCCAUGCACUUGAUGUCUUCCAUCCAUAUGCUCCAAUUGAAGACAAAAUAGACUAUGCUUUUAAACUGUAUGAUCUACGACAAACCGGUUUCAUAGAGCAAGAAGAACUUAAGCAAAUGGUGAUUGCAAUACUGAAGGAAUCUGGUAUUAAGCUGUCCAAAGGACCUCUGGAGCAAAUUAUUGAUAGGACAUUGGCUGAUGCUGAUGCCGAUGGGGAUGGUAAGAUCAGUAAAAAUGACUGGAAAAACUUUGUGAUUAGAAACCCCUCGCUGCUGAAGAACCUGACGCUUCCUUCUUUGAGGGACGUAACUGCUGCAUUCCCAAGUUUUGUUUUCCACACACAAGUUGAGGACUAAGAUAGAAGCUAUUUGUUCUGAAGGUUUUUGUACUGUGGAGUUCCAUUCUUCUGGCUAAGAGCUCUCAAUAUCUGCUGAGAACAACAUUCUUCAGUUCUUGUGAUAAGAGUUUAAUCAGUUGUAGGCAUUCCUUCACUUUUAACAACAACCUGAACCCUAUUUGGUAUUGAUUCUAUGUUGCUCGGACACUCCAAAAUGAUGCAACAUCAUGUUGGAUCUUCAAAAAAUGCAUAGCUUUUGGAGGAUCCCCCCGCGGUAUUUUUGAAGAGUCGGACAACAUAAGGUAUUAUAGUCAUUAGAAGAUUGAUUAUGGGUUCUCUCAAUAUCUGCCCAAACAUAGUAGUACUGUUUAGUAAAUUUGGCCUUGUAUAUACAUUUUUCCAUCUGUUUAUAUGUAUUCCAACUAUAGGCUUAUUUUAAAUGUGAAAUGCUCACUUUUCUAUUCUA